UUAAAUCUCUCCAUCUUUCCCUUUCUUCUUCCUUUCUUCUUCUUCUUCUUUAUCCUCUCCACAACUUCCAUGGCGGUUUCACCAAUCAACUCAUCCAGCUUAGAGCUCUCCAUUUCCAUGCCGGGCUUUGCUUCUUCCCCGGCUCGUCCUUCCUUCGCGAGGGAAUUAGACAUGAACCGGGUACCCGCGGGGGCGGUGGCGGAAGAAGAAUGGGCGGUGGCACUGAGCACCGAGGAGGAGGAAGAAGAGAGCAGCGCUAAUGGAGGUCGGCCGAGGAAGAAGCUUCGUCUGUCGAAAGAUCAGUCUCGUCUACUUGAAGAAAGCUUCAGACUCAACCAUACGUUAAACCCAAAGCAAAAGGAAGCUUUGGCUAUGGAGUUGAAGCUGAAACCAAGGCAAGUUGAGGUCUGGUUUCAGAAUCGUAGGGCCAGGAGCAAGUUGAAGCAAACGGAGAUGGAAUGUGAGUAUUUGAAGAGAUGGUUUGGAACAUUGACAGACCAGAACCGUCGGCUACGCCUUGAACUGGAGGAGCUGAGGGCCAUCAAGGUUGCUCCACCCGCCCUCAUCUCAGCCCCCACCCGUCAACCGACCCUCCCGGCGUCCACCGUAACCAUGUGUCCGCAUUGUGAGCGCGUAACCGCUGCCUCUAUAAUAUCCGGUAAGGCUGCAGCCCCCGCCACCGCAGUCACCGCCACAAUGCCAUCGAAGGCACUUCUGACCGCCCACAAACUGCGGCGGCCAUCGGCCGCUUGCUGAUCGGCCGGACAAGAGGCCGAGAAAUGAAGAAGAUAAUAAAUAAUGGCAAAGGUUAGAAAAUGAGCAUAGGCCUUUCAUUCCUCCAUUGAAAAGAAAAUCUGCAUGGGGUUUUUUUUUUCUUUCUUUCUUUUUUUUUUAAAUUAUUAUUUUUAAAUUUUUACGUGUAAAGUAAGUGAGUUUUCUG